ACGUGGCAUCGCGUCGAAACGAAUGUGUCAAUAUGCCACAUUCUUUUGAGCAUUGGGUCACAUUCCUUUGAAUGCGAAGAAGCUAAUUUAUGGCUGAUUCACAUCCAACGGAAUGUGACGCAGUGCUCAAAGGAAAGGUGACAUUUUGCCACAUUCGUUUUAGUAUGAUAUUACGUUCCUGGAAUGAGUGCAGGCUAUAGCCGUUUAUCGUUUAGAGAUAAAUGCUUCGUUUCCUGAAAGUAUCAACACUAUACGUGACUGGCUCGGAAAAACGCACCGUAAACUGGGAGUGGCUCUCCUUCUGCGGUUCGAAUGUCCUCACAAGUGAGAGUGAAACUGUGCCACAAGAGUGUGGUCUGAUCUAUUACGAACUUUUAUGAAUGCCGUUAUGCAGAGCGUUCUGAAGCUCACGAGCCGUGCUGGAAUAUGGGGACUUCCUUCAAAAUGUCUCAACUGCUCAGAAACAAGAUCAGGCACCAGGUACGCGUAAGGCGCAUCGGGCCGUCGCUGCUCCUCCCCAUCGUCGUGUGGUCAGUCCUGUUGCUGCCAUUGGACCAUGUUCAGAGCAAAGCUAUCAAAACGUUUGCAGGCCCCUACAUCGCGUUUGGACACACAUUCGACGUAUGUCCAUCUGAGAACCUCCAUGUGCUGAACAUUCGUGCCUCACACUUCAAUCCCUUCAGGCCAUUUGAGCUGCAGGUUUUAGUAGGAAAUGCUACAUUUAGAGAGGACAUGAUGGACAACUUUUGGUCCCAAGUUCACAUGGCCGUCCGAUCAAACAACCAAUGGAAAGAAAAUGCUUUCGUUUUCAAUUUCCCCAACGUGGGCUGCUCUGCGAUUCGUGACCACGUGCCCGACCUGUACCGCAUGCUGGCCAAGCAGAGCGGAGCCUCCAUGGACAAGACAGUACCCUGUCGGCUCCCAGCGGGCGUCUGGCCUUUCAAGAAUGAACCAGUGAACUGGUCGUUUCCCAACUUUCCUAUCAUGCCGUACGGACGCUACAAGUUUCGAGUGUCAGCCCGAAGCAACAGCAAUAAAGACCUUCGUAGUCUGAGCGCCUGCUUGGAAGUUGACUGUGAGGUCAUCCCGAGGCCGUCGUAAAACAGUGGUUCAAAAAUGCCCUUCCAUUCUCAUUUUUCCUUUCGAAAAAAAAUAAUGUAACAUUUACCGUUUUGACGUACAGUAAAAACGGUUCCUGGUUACCCAGAAACUCCUUGAAAAUCGCCUAUGUCUCUUCAGAGGCUUCCUGGAAAAUCCAGGUACCGUUUUUACCGUGCGGUGGGUUUAAGUUGAACAGUAUUUUGUAAAAGGCUUCACCUUCAGAGUUUCUUCUUCAAAAAACAUAGAUGAUUUUGAGCAUUAAUAAGCGAAUCAACAAAUUUACUUGUUUUCAAAUCAUGUUUAUCAAUUUCGUCUUGAUAAAUCGGUUUAACUUCUUAACGGAAUUCUAUUAUUGCGCAUUAACGCCAAUGAACAUGCACAAAAUACCGAUUGAAGGAUGAGAGAGUUCGAGGUGUGUGCGCAAAUUCCGCAAAACCAUGUGUGGCAUUUACUCUCCAACUUGCGAGUAGAAAUUAUUUGCCCUUGAACGGCGAACUGUACUAAUAAAAGUAUCCACAAAUGGAA